UUCAACACAAUGAUUCCCAGGUUGAAUAAGUUGGCUCAUUCGUCGUGUUGUAGAACCAUCAGCGCAAAUGUCAAUAAUAUUUAUCAAACUAAGACACAUCCUGCCAUCUGUACGCACAGAACGGCCCUCCUAGUCCAACCAGGGAGUCAUUCUUACUCCACAAUAUCUGGUGUGUCGCGUUUGGACCGUUCUUACUCUUUGUCAGACGAACCAACAGAGAAGUACAGACAACUAAAUGCAACAAUACUUCCUAAACAUACACUCUUACAUACGUGUGGCAGACAUAUAUUGACACAUCAGAAAAGUUCUCCAUGGCUCCCAUGUGGGGUCGGUUUAGGGGUAACGGGGUCAUCAAGAGGUUUUACAGCGUAUGUAAGUCAUAUAUUUUACAAGUUGGCUGGGAUUGUCAUUGAGAGUGAGCCGGUUGGAGCGUCAAGACAAUUUUUUAUUGGACUCCAUGACAUUAUUGGAAUGCCUUGGUGGCUAACUAUUAUUUCCGGGACGUUGAUGUUUAGAAUGACACUGCUUCCUUUAGCUGUUAUCAUUAUCAAAUCUCAAGCGAAGCAUGCCUCAGUUUUACCAGAGAUCCAUGCCAGAGCAACAGAUAUUCAUUCAAAUAUUUUGGCACAUGGGCUGUAUCAUCAUAUGAAACCAUUUACAAUGAAGAGAGAAACAGCUUCACAAAUAAGGCAGAUGAAGCGUGAAAUGUAUGUAAAGCAUAAUUGUUCCCCAAUAAAACCAUUUUUGAAUGUGUAUGUCCAAGUGCCAGUGAUUGUAAGCUUUGGAGUCGCUCUGCGAUCUUGUACAGGACGAUUUGGACCGAUAGCGGAUCAUUAUUUUCAACCAGAAAUGAUCUGCGAAGGCAUCUCGUGGAUUUCGAACCUUACAGUUGCAGACCCAUACUGUAUAAUUCCAACAGUCAGCUGCUUCACAUCUCUUUUUGCACUAGAGUAUUCCAUGCUGCUGAGGAAGGUCAAUCACAAUCAGAUGAACUUCGGUGUUGUUGUAGCACCCGAAACAAAAAUGCAAAAAUUUUUAAACUACGUCACACGAUUUGGUCAGCUUGUGGUUAUCACAGUUUAUCCGUUUCUCUGCUUUGCUCCUAGUGCUUUAACCUUAUACAUCUGUACCACAAGUUUAUGGAGUGCAACACAGCUGCUUUCUCUCAACACCCCUGCAGUCAGGCGAGCUCUGAGCAUCACAAAGUCUAGGCUAGAUAGCCCUACACCUCAUAGAGAUGUGUUCAAAUUAUUCAAGACCAAAUAUUUCAGUUUUGCAAAGAAAUCCAAAUAGUCUAAACACAAACCAGAAUAGCUCCGUUGUAAGAUCAACAAACUGACAUAACUUUUUGGGAGGGUUUGUUAUUGCAGAUGGUGUUACGUAAUGAUUUAUAAUAAAA